AUGACCGCAUGCUUGCCACCGAAUCUUUUGGCUUUGUUUGAAGCUAGACCACCGAUUCCUUACCUUCCUCCGCCCACUGAUCUCUUGAUCGACAAGAAGGAGAAGGGUAAAUGCAUCGAAUACACAGGAAUUGCCGAAUAUGUUGGCCUGUUCGAGGACCCCAAGGAUACUCCUCCCAAGCCAAUAAUCGAGACAAGAGCUGAAAAGAAAGAGAGGCGUAGAAGAGAAAAGGAAGAGCUGCUAGCUUACAAGGUAGAACAAGGUAUUGCACAAUGGAAUCCAGCCGAAAACCCAAAUGCUACAGAAGAC